AUGCAUAGAGCCCAAGCUCUUCACACUCUGCGUUCCAGCAGCUGGUCCACUUAUGUAGCUGCAUUUAUGAAGCAAGCCUCUCUCCUCGUCCUUCCAUCUUCGAGCAAACUUAAGCUCUACGGAGGCGACAGAUCCCGUCCUCUCAUCCGCAAGUUUGAAGCUCCAUUCUGUGUGCGUGUCUGCAUGGCUUUCACUGACGGCAAGAUGACACAGGUCACGAAGGGUCCUUGCAAUCUUCCACCCAUUGCGAAUACCUCUGUCGAUGCAGUCACCAGGUCGGAGUCAAGACGCAAAAGUUCUCUGACCUUCGAGGAUUUACCACCACCAUCACCGCACUUCUUUGAAACUACUCGACUCCUCAGCAAUGCGGCGCCGAACAAAGGCAAUCAGACGCCUGUUAGGUUGUCCAGCGUCCGACAGAACGGUCGCGUUAAAAGGCAAAGUACGCUACGAGGCAGCUUGCCUUAUAUUGGCGAAAAUUGUGAGGACUUCCCCGGCGACAAGCCCGAAAUGAUAGAGCGGUAA